AUGCUGCCAUGCCAGGCUCGAGUCUAUUUUGCACGGCCGCUAGUCAACCGUUUGGCAGUUGCACCAAGCCCUCUUGCCGGCCCACCAGCGCACGCCUCAUUGGACGGCGCGGCCGGUGAGAAGAUGCGCCCAAAAAAAAACGGCCCACUGCAGUAUCUCGCCAUUCCUCAGCCCUUGGAACCACCAGCGCACUCCGCCACGCUUACCAAAGUGGCACGAGAUGUGGCAGAUUGGCACGUCGAUCUUGUCAUGGAAGGGCGAAACACUGACGCCGUACCACAUCAGAUGUACUGUGGAUAG